AUGGCAGCGUUUCCUAAAUUACCAUUGGUGAAUGGGGAUACGGACGAAGAUGCAUCAAUUCAUUUGAAUGCAACGGUUGGGCCGUCAAAACCCCUUCGUUCUAACCGUACCUCAAAAGAAGAUGACAUUCUUAAAAUAUUGAAUGCAACAGAAAGCACAGAUGAAAAGAAACUUAAAAGCAAUGAAUUUAACAAAUAUUUUAAAGAAUUCCAGGAGACGGGACAUAUAGAGGGCAUAGGCGAAGAGGAUGAAGAUGAAGAUGACAACAACGUAGAAAAUAUUAACGAUGAUGAAGAAAAAGAUGAGGAUUACGAGUUAAGUUUUGAUGAUGAAAGUGACGAGACGGAAGUGGAGGAUGAAGAAAUCGAGCCUAGUGAUGGAGAAGAAAACAGGCAUUUCUCAAGUUCUUUUUCCAGAAACAAUUUUCAUAGAGAGAAGCCAAAUCGUAUGUUAUUUGAUGAGAUAAAAAAAGUUCGGGAGAAUGAAAGUCCAUUUGUAGAUGAGACCACGAGCAAGAACUCCAAGGGUACAAGAGCAGCAUAUCUUAUUGUUUUAGCUCUUGUCUCCUUUUUUGGAACUUUAGGAUUCGCUCUUUACUUUGAUGCGCUGAGAUCUGAAUUUAAUAAUACUCCUACGAGUCGGAUAGAAAACUUUAGCCAAUUAGCAUCUAAAUUCAAUAAAAUAGAUAGCAGACUAAAUCUGUUGGAUGAUUUUUCAAGUACGUUGUCUAAGAGGCAAGAUUUUUUGCAGCAGACAGUAGAUUCGUUAUCGAACGGUUUGAUGGACAAAUUCGAUGCAAUAGCCAAUCGAUUCAAUGAUAUCGAAAAGAAUAUGAUCGAUGGAAAGCAAUUUAAGUCAUUGAGUGAAGAAUUCAAGUCAUUAAAAGAGAAUGUCAAGUCAAAAGCUUUGGAGACGAAUCCGGAACCUGUGCUAAUAGAGAUUACCGAAAAGCUAGAAAAAUUAUCUCAAUUGCAUCAAAACCUUGAAGAUAUCCAGGAUAAUGUCUUGGAUAGCUUGAAGAGCUCACUCCCAAGUCUUUUACCAGUAUUUGUGAAAGACAAUAAAAUUCAUUUUUUACCUGAAUUCCAUAAAUACUUAUACAAUUUCAUGGAAAGUUUCCAUAAUGACCAUAAUACGACACUUGAUUGGGAUAAAUUUAUUCAAAUGAAUGAACCGAAAUUGUCAGAAUAUUUGAAUUCAGCCGUUAAUAGGCACUCAAAUUUGAAAUAUAUAACAAAAGAAGCAUUUGAAAAGACCUUAAAUCAAAAAUUAAAGGAGAACAAUGGUGUGAUUUGGAAGAAGUUCAACGAUCUCGUAGACAAUAUCAACUUGGUGAAUUCCAGUUCCAGCAGCGAGGAUCGGUUUGUUGAUUCGUCCCAUAAAGUUUAUUUGAACAGCAUAUUAGAGCUAUUCACAAAGGACUUUUUAAAGGUAAACUACGCUGACUAUUCACUUGGAGCUCGCAUUUUGGGAUUCCUUACGACCUCUAAAAAUUCAGGUAGUAAAUCACUUUUCAGGAAGUUACUAUUUGGUUGGUAUGAUUAUUUAAUAGCUAGCGAGGUAUCAGCGCCACAUUCCUGGAAGUAUAAUGCGAAUAAUGUUUUACUUGAUGGCUUAGAGAGCUGGGAGAUUCCAUCGGAUAAAAGCUCAAUUGGAAUAAAGCUCUUCAGAAGCAUUAUCUUGACUGAUAUUAUCGUGAAGAUACCUCUGGUGUCGGAGGGGCUUGGCCCUUACUUUAUAUCAUUCUAUAUUAAGCCCAAAAGUUUUGAUCAGUACAAGAAAAUAAAGAGUUUGAAUGAAUUAAAGUUCAACUUUGAUUCAACAAAUGAUAAUAGAUACCUUAAAAAGUUUAUCAAGAUAAAUGAGUACACACUUGACACUACUAAAAAAAUACACCACAUCAAAACCCCUAUCACUAUUAUAAAUUUGAGGAUUCCUUCAAGGGACAUAUACGUCGAAAUCACAUCCCCCAAGGGCCCCAUAAGCUUGACUAGUAUCAAAGUAUAUGGCAUUAGUGAGUUAAGUGCCACUCAGUAUGCUGACGAUCUUGAGUUACUAUUGAGUAAAGUUGCUACAGAUACAUCUGACUCUUUUUCAAGCGAGUCAGAAAACUUUAAUUAUGGGCAAACGAUUUAUAAUCACAUCACAUUAGGUGAAGAUGAAUUAGUUUAG